AUGGCCGAGAUUCCUCCGGAGCAGGUCGACUCGCAAUAUAAAGGCCACGCCCCUCUAUUCAACCAGCAAACUCCCGGUGCCUCCGCAAGCGCCUCCGCAACAGCACGAAACAAUGAGUCCAAGACCGCGCCGCGCAAGGGACUAGUAUUGGACAAAGAUGGAAAGCCCUGCCGACUCUGCACCGACGCCGCCUCAUGGCGCUCAUUAACAAAACAAGCCAAAUCCGAGUCCACCCCGGACUCGAAAGCGAACAUAUCCACGGCCAUGGCCUCUUCGUUCGCCGCCCUCGCCGCUGCCUCCUCUUCCUCUUCCUCGCCUUCUCCCAGCACCACCACCCCGACAGACUGCCCUCCCGACGUCGAAGCGCUCGGCCGCUCAACAUGGACCCUGCUACACUCCAUGGCGGCAACAUACCCCGAAAAGGCGGACUCGGCACAGCAACGGGAUAUGCGCGGCUUCUUGACGCUCUUUUCGCGGCUGUACCCCUGCUGGGUGUGCGCUGACGACUUCCAGGCGUGGAUGGCUCACCCCAGUGGGCGCAAUCAGCCGCGGCUGGGCAGUCGGGCGGAGUUUGGGUGGUGGAUGUGCGAGGCUCAUAAUGAGGUGAAUCGGAAGCUGGGGAAGAAGGAGUUUGAUUGUCGGUUUUGGGAGGAGCGGUGGAGGACGGGGUGGAAGGAUGGACGCUGUGAUUGA